AGUCCACAUGCAGCGCAGGGAAGAGGGGCAGCAGUGAGGCGCUUUGAUAAAACCAGACUGUCGGCAGCGCGUGAAGCCACUGAGAGCUGCGCCACGGUGAGGCAGGGUACGGCACGGGAGCACAGAGGAGGACUGGACCGGGUGAAUGCAGUCCUCGGCACGGGACGCUGCUGCAGACACUUUCCCACUAUUUUCGGACAUAACGGGAGGCGCACAGUAACCACGCGGGGAAGAGGAAUUUGGCUACAAAAUUUCUGUCGUGAAGGAAAUCUUAAGAGGGGCCGAGAAGAGAAAGGGACACGUUACACCUCUGUCAGUAGCUGCCGAUAGCUAUCCGAGCUGACAAAGUCCUCGCUGCUCUAAAAGUCCUCACAGGGUAGGGAGCCACAAGGUAUCCUCCACCGGUGUUCUCGGGUACAGCUGAGUGAGAAGGAGCCGUCUAUCCGCCAUGGAGAACGCUCACACGAAGAGUGUGGAAGAAGUUUACAGUUAUUUCAGCGUCAAUGAAAGCACAGGACUUUCCCUGGACGAGGUGAAACGACAGCGGGAGAAAUGGGGCCUAAACGAGUUACCAGCGGAGGAAGGGAAAUCUUUAUGGGAGCUCGUCCUCGAACAGUUUGAAGAUUUGCUCGUUCGAAUUCUUCUGCUGGCUGCAUGCAUAUCUUUUGUCCUGGCCUGGUUUGAGGAGGGAGAGGAAACUAUCACCGCAUUUGUGGAGCCUUUUGUAAUUCUACUCAUUCUUAUAGCAAACGCUAUCGUCGGCGUGUGGCAGGAGCGCAAUGCUGAAGAUGCCAUUGAGGCGCUUAAAGAGUAUGAACCUGAGAUGGGGAAAGUGUACCGACAGGACAGGAAAACUGUGCAGAGGAUCAAGGCCAGAGACAUCGUGCCUGGUGACAUAGUGGAGGUUGCUGUUGGAGACAAGGUGCCCGCUGACAUCCGCAUCUGUUCAAUCAAAUCCACGACCCUCAGGGUAGACCAGUCCAUCCUGACUGGUGAAUCUGUCUCUGUCAUCAAACACACCGACCCCGUGCCUGACCCUCGCGCCGUCAAUCAAGACAAGAAGAACAUGCUCUUCUCUGGUACCAACAUUGCUGCAGGGAAGGCUGUGGGUGUGGUUGUUGCCUCUGGCGUUAACACAGAAAUUGGUAAGAUCCGUGACGAGAUGGCAGCCACGGAGCAGGAGAAGACGCCCUUGCAGCAGAAGUUGGAUGAAUUCGGCGAACAGCUAUCCAAGGUCAUUUCCAUUAUCUGCAUCGCCGUGUGGAUCAUCAACAUCGGACACUUCAAUGACCCCGUCCACGGAGGCUCCUGGAUCCGUGGAGCUGUCUACUAUUUCAAGAUCGCUGUGGCGCUGGCUGUGGCUGCCAUCCCUGAAGGUCUUCCCGCUGUCAUCACCACCUGCCUGGCCCUGGGCACUCGCCGCAUGGCCAAAAAGAACGCCAUCGUCCGCAGCCUGCCCUCUGUGGAGACUCUGGGCUGCACCUCUGUCAUCUGCUCUGACAAAACAGGAACCUUGACAACCAACCAGAUGUCUGUUUGCAGAAUGUUCAUUGUCAACAAAGCUGAAGGGGACAACUGCUCUCUGUCAGAGUUCACCAUCACAGGUUCUACCUACGCCCCCGAGGGUGAAGUGUACCAGGAUGGUAAACCAGUGAAAUCCUCCCACUAUGAUGCUUUGGUUGAAUUGGCCACAAUCUGUGCCCUGUGCAAUGACUCCUCGCUGGACUUCAACGAGGUGAAGGGGGUGUACGAGAAGGUCGGCGAGGCCACGGAGACCGCGCUGACCUGUCUGGUGGAGAAGAUGAAUGUCUUCGACACUGAAGUUCACAACCUGUCAAAGAUUGACAGAGCCAAUGCUUGCAACUCAGUGAUCAAACAGCUGAUGAAGAAGGAGUUCACCCUGGAGUUCUCAAGAGACCGGAAGUCCAUGUCUGUCUACUGCAGCCCAAACAAGUCCCGCUCUACCAUGGGCAAAAUGUUUGUGAAGGGAGCCCCAGAGGGAGUCAUCGAGAGAUGCACUCAUGUCAGAGUUGGCAACAGCAAAGUUCCCCUCAGCCAAGGCAUCAAGGAAAAGAUCAUGUCUGUUAUCCGUGAGUACGGGACAGGUCGCGACACCCUGAGGUGCUUGGCUCUGGCCACACGAGACAGCCCACCAAAAAUGGAGGACAUGAUACUGUCUGACACUGCCAAAUUCAUCGAGUAUGAGUCCGACCUGACGUUUGUCGGCUGUGUCGGCAUGCUGGACCCUCCCAGACAGGAGGUAGCUGCUUCUAUCAAACUGUGCCGGCAGGCUGGCAUCCGCGUCAUCAUGAUCACCGGGGACAACAAGGGCACAGCUGUGGCUAUCUGCCGCCGCAUCGGCAUCCUGACCGAGGAGGACAAUACUGAGCACAUGGCUUUCACUGGACGGGAGUUUGAUGAGCUCACACUCGAUGCCCAGAGGGAGGCUGUGACUUGUGCGCGCUGCUUUGCGCGCGUCGAGCCUUCACAUAAAUCCAAGAUCGUUGAGUUCCUGCAAGGAUUCGAUGAAAUCACUGCUAUGACCGGUGACGGGGUGAACGAUGCCCCUGCGCUGAAGAAGGCAGAGAUCGGCAUCGCUAUGGGCUCUGGCACUGCCGUGGCCAAGUCAGCCUCUGAGAUGGUCCUCGCUGAUGACAACUUCUCUUCCAUAGUGGCUGCCGUUGAAGAAGGCAGAGCUAUUUACAAUAACAUGAAGCAGUUCAUCAGAUACCUUAUCUCUUCCAACGUGGGUGAGGUCGUCUGCAUCUUUCUCACUGCGGCUCUGGGGUUCCCUGAGGCCCUGAUUCCUGUCCAGCUGCUCUGGGUCAACCUGGUGACAGACGGCCUCCCUGCCACCGCCCUUGGCUUCAACCCCCCAGAUCUGGACAUUAUGGAGAAGCCUCCUCGCAAUGCUAAGGAGCCCCUGAUUUCUGGCUGGCUAUUCUUCAGAUAUCUGGCUAUUGGAGGCUACGUAGGUGCUGCCACUGUGGGAGCUGCUGCGUGGUGGUUUACAAUCUCUGAUGAUGGACCACAGGUCACUCUGUACCAGCUGAGCCACUUCCUCCAGUGUGGCCCAGACAACCCAGAGUUUGAUGGCUUGGACUGCCACGUGUUUGAGUCACCCUACCCGAUGACCAUGGCCCUGUCCGUGCUUGUCACCAUUGAGAUGUGCAAUGCUCUGAACAGCCUGUCAGAGAACCAGUCCCUGCUGCGGAUGCCUCCCUGGGAGAACAUUUGGCUGCUAGGGGCCAUCUGUCUCUCCAUGUCUCUCCACUUCCUCAUCCUCUAUGUGGAACCUCUGCCUGUCAUCUUCCAGAUCACCCCUCUGGAUAUGACCCAGUGGUUGAUGGUGCUGAAGAUCUCGAUGCCCGUCAUUCUCCUGGACGAGCUGCUUAAGUUUAUGGCCAGGAACUACUUGGAAUUCGGUAAACAACUGGAGAAGCCGACAAGCAAAGGCUGCUCUCUGUCUGCAUGCGCCGAGGGAAUCUCCUGGCCCUUUGUGGCCAUCUCCCUGCCCCUGGUGCUGUGGAUCUACAGCACCGACACUAACGUGUCUGCCAUCUUGUGGCCCUGACUGACUCCAGUACACUACCCUCCUUGUGCACCAGUGUGAAGUGGACAUUAACGCACACAUCUAACACAGUUACAUUAACUCGGAACAAAUUACAGCAACAGCAUUUACACCUUCUCCAACCGCUGUCAGAACGCCUCUGUUAAGUACAUUUAGACUUGCACAUAUUUUUGGGUGGCCGGUGCUCGAGUAAUAUUUUACCGACAUGAUUUAUGUUCCAUGUUACCAUUGUGCUUUUCUCUGUUUUGACCCCCUUUGAGAAUAGCUAGAGAAGCCCACUGCGUUGGAGCGACAUGUUGAGCUGUACAGAGAGAAUUUAUUUACUAUUCUGUAAUAAUUAAUAUUUUAUAAUUUGGGGAAUGGAGAUUUCUGAGGACUGCGUAGUUUAGUUCAAUACUAAUUUAGGGGCAAAGACUUUCAGCAGAAUACAUUUGCCCAAGCAUGAAUCACAUUUUGCAUCGUACUCAUUCAUUAUUUUCUGCAGUAGGCAGAGCACAGCUACCUCAGUGCUGCUGAUUUGACCAUAAUGACCCAUUUGUCCAAGCUGUCAUUUCAUAUGUGAUCAUUUGAAGUGUUGAGGUAAGCACCAGUAGAGUCAAAAUCUUCACAUGUAUUUUAAUGUGCAUAUAUAUAUAUAUAUAUAUAUAUAUGGAGAGAGAGAGAUAUAUAGAUAUAUCUAUCUAUAUCUAGAUAUAGAUCUAUAUCUAGAUAUAGAUAGAUAGAUAUUUUUUUGUGUUCCUCUGUUAUUUGAGGGAAGAGGGGACAAAGACAUGUUACCAGCUUGAUUUUGAGUAAAUUCUUGGUACAGCCUGUUGUUAAAUUUAUUUACUUGAAGAAAACACAUUUGUCUGUGUUGUGUGUGUGUGUGUGUGUGUGCGUGUGUGUGGGGGGGGGUUGUUGUUUUUGGGUUGUUGUUGUUUUUUUUGUUUUGUUUUUUUAAAGUUAAAUCUAUGAGAUUCAUUCUAAGGUUUCAGUCCUAAUUUUGUGUGUUAACGACAGUAAUCUUUAUGUAUGUAAAAUGUGCACAUACUGUACUUGAAUAUGUAAAAAGGCACCAAGAAGCUGUUAGUCUUGCAAACUGAGCACAACGUGGACGGUUUGAUAGGCGCUCAGACCUCUGAUUGGCUGCUGUCGGAGGCGUGUGUAUAUCUGUACAUAGAACACGAAGUAGACUCUAUACAUUUCAUUUCUUCCUGCAUACAUUCACACCCGUUUACUCAAGCGUAGCCUUUCUGCAUGCGCGCUCCGAUAGACCAGAGAGUGUUUUUUGUUUUUUAAUUUGAAAAGCUAACUGUUGUUUCUUCCCACGCCUUCCCCCUAUUUACCUGCAGAGUGAGUACACUUUGACGUGCAUGCUAACUACUGCCGCGCUCUCGUCUGUAUGGUGGUUGCACACACAGCUUGUCAGUCUGUCAUUGCUCGUGUCGAAAUGACAGCAAUAACUGCUCCUUGUGUUUUAUCAUGUAAAUACUUUAAAUGGUACAAAAACAGGAGCUUAUAAUGUCACUAAGUGCCAGAUGCACACUGAGCAGAAAUGGGAACCUUGUGCAUUUUUAAACAGGCUCAGUGUUACUGCUGGUGCCGCUUAUUUUUGAAUGUAGGCUUGCAGCAUGUUUGGGCAACUGGCAGAGAUGCUGGCAUUUAAACGCCCCCACACCGUUACAGGACACGGUGUUGUAUGUAUUUCUUUUUUUGAACUGCAUUUGUAUGAAUCUUCUGCCCUCCUUUAUUGCAUGGCCUUUAUUACUCUGAAAUUCAUUGAAAUGAUCUGCUGCUCAGAUGCUUUUUACCUUGUUUUGUGAUUUCUCGUGUCCAUUGAUCUGUUUCUUCCUGUCUCCUCUUCUUUUCUUUUUUCCCUUUACAGCAAAGUCCAAGUAAGCCCAUCUCUCCUGUAAAUUCCUAGCAGAAACUUUGGUUUGGUUUUGUGUUGUGCAUGUGUGUUUUUCAGCACAUCUUACAAGAGCUGAAUGCCAGUGAAGUGAUGACAGGGGCUCAGAAAGUUCACACAUCAUUUUUACAGAAUGCCCAUAAAUGAAUGUCUGAUAGAAACUAGCCAGUUCCGCCUCAUCGGUCCUUCCAUCCUCCUGCAUGAAGAGCCUUAGAUUGCCAUACAGUCCUCAUGCCUUCAUUUUAGACUAAGAGCUUAGUACCUUGUACAGUCAGUUGUACAUUAUUCUAUGGUGCAUGUCUGCUCAGUCAGCCAUCUGUUUUACCAGACAAAUGUAAUAGAUUAUGUAUAAGUUCAAAAACACAGUUCAUCUUUCCUAAGGAAAUACUUUUAUGAGAUAAUAGAUUUUGCUUUUUGCUUUACACUGAGAUGAGCAGAUUUUUUUUGCCAAAUCUGGGAAGGCAGGUGUGCAGCGAUGCUGAUGUUUUACCCUUUUAACGGCAGGCGGUCCCUCCACUGGCAUUUUUUGCCAAACUGCUGUACUGUAUUUUCAGAAAUGAUUGUACAACGUAUCACAUGGACUUUGGUUUCAGGUAAAUAAAAUUAAAACUGUCAUACACUAA